UGAAGACCGACAUUCGGUUUAGUCCGGUUGACACUUGAAAUGAAUGUAACUCUCUGUACAGUACUAAGAUUGUAGCAAUCAAUCACCAUCAAAAGUCAAAUUCAUUUCUAGGGUUUUAAUUUGAUUCGAGGUCAGCGAAUCCGGCGACUGGCAACUCAAGCUCCGGCAGGACAAGGAUUUGUGUCUAUGGCAGCGUUUCAAAUGUCUCGUGAAUGGAUAGGUAUCCAGCAGUUCCCACCUGCUACUCAAACUAAAUUGCUCGAAAUCCUUGGGAAGUAUAAAGAAGAGGAUGUGAGCUCGCUAACAGUACUUGUAAUGGGGAAAGGUGGUGUUGGAAAGUCAUCCACUGUGAAUUCGGUUAUAGGCGAGAAAGCUGCUGCAGUUAGUACUUUCCAGUCUGAAGGACUAAGGCCGUCCUUGGUCUCCCGCUCAAGGUCGGGGUUUACAUUAAACAUCAUCGACACUCCUGGUCUUAUUGAAGGAGGAUAUGUGAAUGAUCAAGCCGUCAACCUUAUAAAAGGAUUUCUCCUCAAUAAGACUAUAGAUGUGCUAUUAUACGUAGACCGUUUGGAUGUAUAUCGGGUGGAUGACUUGGAUAGGCAGGUUGUCACGGCUAUAACCGAUGCAUUUGGUAAAGAGAUAUGGAAGAAGUCUGCCCUUGUCCUCAGUCAUGCUCAGUUCUCUCCACCGGACGGAUUAAAUUAUGAUCUCUUUGUCUCCAGAAGAUCCGAUGCUCUUCUUAAAGUGAUCUGUGCAGGCGCUCAACUGAAGAAACAGGAUUUGCAGGGUUCAUCUAUUCCCGUCAUUCUUGUUGAGAAUAGCGGAAGAUGUCACAAGAAUGAAAGCGAUGAAAAGAUUCUUCCAGACGGGACUAGUUGGAUUCCAAAUUUUGUGAAGACAAUCACAGAGAUCUCCUUUAAUGGCAACAAGCCGAUUCACGUUGACAAGAAGCUGGUCGAAGGGCCAAACCCAAACGAAAAAGGAAAACGACUAAUUCCUUUAAUCGUUGCAUUCCAAUAUCUGUUACUCAUGAAGCCAUUGGUUCGAGCAAUCAAGUCGGAUGUUGCUAGAGAGAGUAAACAGGCGUGGGAGAUGCGGGACUCAGGUUUAGCAAGUCGAAAGACUUAACUCGGUUUUGUUUGUUUCGUUGUCUGAUAUUUUCUGUAGUCUAUUUGUGAUAAUAACUCAAGAAAUGUGGUUCACAGACUUUACUGGGGAAAACUUUUUUUGUUGGCAACAAACCGAGAUGGAGAGACUUGUGUCUUGAGUUA